AUGGUGGGCCGUAUCUGCACGGCUGACUUGCAGUUCAGCAUGGUGGACCGUAACUGCAAGGCUGACACGCAGUUCAGCAUGUUGAGCCAGCGUGCUGCGACCGACACAUUCAGCGCCAACCACAGCGGGCGCGACUACUUCCGCAUGCUGUACAGAGACGACCAGUUCGUCGUCAUCGGCGCCAGAGAUGCCGCCUACAACAUAAGCCUGGCGGAUCUGACCGAGGUGGCGAAGCUGAGCUGGGCCUCGAACGCCUCAACAGUGGAGCUGUGUCGUCUGAAAGGGAAGCCGGUGGUGGAGUGCCAAAACUACAUCCGCGUGCUGGUGCGCAAGGCUGACGGCGGCCUGUUCGUCUGCGGCACGAACGCCUUCAGCCCCAAGUGUCGCCACUACCGAGUCACGGAGGAUGGUUACCAGCUGGAGCCGCGUCAGGAGGAGCACGGCGUGGGCUUCUGCCCCCACUCGCCCAUCCACAACAGCACCAGCACAUACGUGGACGGUCAGCUGUACGUGGGCACGGCAGCCGACUUCUCGGGCCAGGACCCUCUCAUCCUGCGGGACCGGCUGCGGACCGACAAGUGGGACACGGUCUCCCUGGACGAUCCGGAUUUCGUCAGCUCUUUCGCGAUGGGCGAUCACGUUUACUUCUUCUUGCGGGAGACGGCUGUUGAGUACAUCAACUGUGGCAAGAGGGUGUACUCACGUGUCGCUCGGGUGUGUAAGAGCGACCUGGGUGGCCCCAGCCGCUUCAAGCACACUUGGACGUCCUAUGUGAAAACGAGGCUCAACUGCUCCGUCAGCGGGGACUUCCCCUUCUACUUCGACGAGAUCCUCAUUGCACUCAACACCAACAUCAUACCGCUGUCUCUGCCUCCGCCGCAGAUGGCGACCUCGGACGUCGUGGAGAGCAGCUACGGCGGCGCGCCAAGAACCGCCUCAUCUACGGCGUGUUCAGUACGCCGCCGACACGCCAUCGGCGGCUCUGCUGUCUGCGCCUUCCGGCUGCAGAGCGUGCUGGACGCCUUCUCCGGCCCGUUCAAGGAACGAGCGUCGCUCAACUCCAACUGGCUGCCGGUGGCCGCCAGCAAGGUGCCUCAGCCAAGGCCUGGUCAGUGCGUCAACAACAGCAAGACGUUGCCGGACAUGACGCUGAACUUCAUCAAGACGCACCCGCUGAUGGACGAGGCUGUGGGCGCCUUCUUCGGCGGUCCGAUCCUGACCAGGACCAGUCUCAG